AUGAUUUCUACUCGAGACAUGGCUAAAACUGCAAUCAUCUUAUAUGCCAUCUGUUUCUUCACAAAUUCUGAUGGAAAAGCUGUGAUGAAGCGGUCUGUAAGUGAAAUGCAGAUUAUGCAUGACUUAGGGGAACAUUUGCAUUCUACAAACCGGCAAAACUGGCUCCUUGAGAAACUCCAGACGGUGCACCACGAGCCCAGGGCUGCUGAAGAAACAGCAGUGGAUGCUAAGCCCCGUGAGGUCAGAAGCUGGAAGCUAUUCCCUGAUCAUCUGCAGGCAAAGAUGCAGAAGAAAUCAACAGAUUGGAACUAA